AUGGGGGUGGGCAAUUCAAGGUUAAAUGGGGGAGAUGGAGAGGCCAAAAUUCGCCCUAUGCUUGUUGGCAAAUUUGAGGAGUUUAGGAAAAGUAGGAAUGCAGAAACCACCCUCUCAAAGAAGGAGUUGUUGAAGAAUGCUGAUCAAGAGGAUGGAAAUUCGCAAUCUUCUCGUGAAUCUGAAAUUGAGGAUAAGGUUUCUUCUCUAAAAGAGACUCAACCACCCAAAGAUGAAACGUUCGUUCGAUCAACAACCGCAGAAAAAUUGUCUAGAGUGGUUCCAAUGCCCAACCCCGAACGUGAAAUUGAAGAGGGUAACGGUGAAAAGGUUGAGAAAGACAUAGAUCAAAACCAAGAUAAAGUGAUUCAUGUUAUUCAGAUUGUUGAGGCAGAGGUAAAAACAGAAGAAGGAAAAAGGACUACUGAACCGGUGGAAGAGGCCAAACAAGAAAAUGAUGACAGGGACGAUGAUGACGAUGAUAGCCAUGAAUUGAACCGAGUUAUAUGCCCCGGAUCGCCCAGUUUUAGAAUUUAUUGCAUUGAGGCUGAGAAAGGAAAUGAGGAAGAUUGUAUGAAGCCAAGCAUUGUGGUGCACCAAAAGUCACGCAGUGCAGAAACUGUUGUAAGCGUUGCAUCAGGAAGCUUAAAGGAGAUUGCUGAAAUAGAAUCAACUUCGAAAACAAAAGGAAAUAAGAAGAAAUUUGGGGCUAUGAGAACUCUACUCAAGGUUAAGUCGUGCUACCACCCAAUGUGUACCUGUGCUGGUGAUGAAAGCGGCCAACUGGUUGCUGCAAAAUCAGUGAAAAAUGAUUGA